AUGAUUGUAGACUUGUUCCAAACAACAUACGAGGAACCAAAGUCGAUUAAAAUUCUUCGACGUUGCGUUAUUAUCAUAUCUCUAGGAUUAUUUAUUGCUAUAUUUGUAAUAUUAUGCCUCGGAGUUCGUGAUGAAUUGCCUAUCAUUAAUAGGUCAUAUAAAGCAACUAAUAGUAUGCCCAUACCAGGGAGUCAUAAUUGUGCUAAUUUUAUCAAUAAAACCACAUUUGAUGCUUCUCAAUCUAAAUAUUUGACAGCAUUUUUACCAAAUUACAGUGCAACCUCUUUUACGCAAUUUGCACUUACGAUAAAUAUCACAGAUCCCAAAUACAACAUUUCUAAUCAAAAUGAUUACAUGGAGAUGUAUGCUUAUGAUAAAGAAUAUGAUUCAAAACCAUUAAAUCAGGAGCAAAUUCAAUUUGAGGAAUCACUUUUAUUAAAGAAUAUGCAUGCUCUGAUUACAGACGUUUUAAGUUACUUUGGCAGACAAAGAUUUAUUGAUAUACCGUAUAUUGAAUCGCAUAUGUCGACUGUUACGACUGCGAAUUCGGAUACUCGAAUUGUUGGCGGUAUUUGGGGUGGUAUUGCGGCUUUUUAUAUAUUUUUAUUUGGACCUGGUUUAAUUUCCCCAUGGGGUUUUAUACAAAGAACAAAAUUAUUUAGAAAUCAAUAUGAAAAAAACAUUUUACCAUUUGUUAACGAACCAGAUAUCACUGAAGAUUUUAAUUCCGCGAUAGAAAAACGACUCGAUAAUUUAGAAAAAAGAAUCAAAUUCUAUGAAAAUUAUAUUAUUGAUAAUUCAAUGUUAUCUUUUACUAAAAAAGAUGUACAACCCACCAGUAGUAGUUAG